AUGUGCAGGGGGCUCACUUUGAUCAUUGUUCAGAAACAAUUUGCCGAGCCUGCUGGAACCUACGUCGAAGGCAUAACUUCGCCGCGCGGGCCUAUCUGGCACUCCACCGGCAAAUCCCUAACCAAGGAAUGCUUUCCUUCAGCGAUGGCCGAGUGCAGCUGCAGGGCUGAUGAUCGACACGGCGAUGGUCUUCCGUAUGCAUUAAAGAACACGGAAGUUCUCGUGGCACGGAACCCUUGUCUCCAUCCCGGUGACCUGCAGAAGUUUAAAGCAGUCGAACAUGCCUCUCUAUCUCAUCUCGUGGACUGCAUUGUCUUUCCAGCACGUGGCAGACGCUCGCCGGCGGACAUGAUGUCAGGUGGCGAUCUCGACGGUGAUAAAUUCCUGGUGUGCUGGGACAAAGACUUGAUUCCGUCCACCUUGUCCCAACCAGCCGAGUAUCCUACCACCGAGGAGCCCGUCAAGUUUCGUCCCAUCACGGAUGACGAUAGGUUGGUCUACGUUGCCGAAUAUACGAACGCAUCCCUGGGCAGGGUCAAGAAUCUCUAUCUGGAUUGGGUACGGGUGAAAGGACCUAUGGCUCCGGAAUGUCAAGAGCUCAAUCGGCUAUUCUCGCAAUGUGUGGACGGGAUCCAAAUCAAGAUACCGCCGCGACUCGAAUCUAUUCCUGUUAUUCCGUUAGACAACCAGAAGUUCAUACUAGAUGAGCUACAUGAGGCAGCUGCAGCUGACAUCGCUCGCGGACGACUGCGUGAGACCAAUCUGGCCUGCGCAGAGUUCGACAUCAUCGAACUCUUGGUAUCUCGUCAAGACAUCGCGAUCACGGAAUUUGAGCUCUUUAAGUUGACGGCAAAGCGGUGUCGCAGGCAUGGGAUGUGUCUAGGAGACUUCCUGUCUUACUUUGACAUGAACUCCUUGACGGCCGAGGAAAAGCACUGGGCUCUCUCUUCGACACAACAACUACAGUGGGCACCUUCUCUCAUCCUCAAUGCCCUUUGUACAUCCAAGAUCGUGUCCGAGAAUGAUAUAGCUCACCAUGAGCUGAAUUCUCCUCGGCUGAGAUGGAAGAGGACACUGCCGCCAAAACGUUCGAGGAAGUUCAGAAAAAGCUGGUAG